AUGGCGAAACAAUUAAAAGAGCGACACUGCGCGAGAGAAAACAGUGGAGUGAGCUCAGAAGUGCUGAGUGCAUUCCCAUGGAUAGCAUGGUAUAUCUGGAAAGCACGUAACGAGAAAUUCUUUAAGGAUAAGGACAUCUUGCCAUUGGAUUCUCUCAACCUCGCCGUUAAGGAAGCAGAAAGCUGGACGUUAGCGCAGCGAAUAAUAGAGGAACUGGAUGAAAACAAGGAAGAGCAACAAAGAGAAAUAUUGAAGCUAGGAAACAGAGAGGUGCGCUUUGAGUCAGACUGUGCACAACUGAUCAAGGUCGUAAACGAGGAAGAAGAUUGGCCAGCAAUGGCAUCUGAAUUGGAUGAGAUCAAAGCUUUAUCUGCAGACUUUAUUGACUUCUCUAUAGCAUACAUUCCAAGAUUAUCGAACUUCCGUGCCGACUCUCUUGCUAAAGGAGGAAGAUCACGCGUAUUCGGCUCUUCUUUCGUCAACUGCUUUGCACCAAGUUGGCUAGCUCCUUACGCUGACCAAGAAGUUGCUAACUAG